UAUAUGAGCGCAGGCGGCGGGAUCUCUCUCCCUUUUACCGCCAUCGGAGCGGAGUCUUCCUCCCCGGACCGCUUCACUGCGCAGCACCGCCUAACCUCGUCCAGCCUCCGGCCACACAAGCGAAGCAUCACUUGAGACUCGGCUAAGAUGGCAGACAUUGACAACAAAGACCAAGCUGAGCUGGACCCGGCAGAUAUGGAGGACAUGGAGGAGGUGGAGGAGGAAGAGACGGGAGAAGACGUCAACAGCAAAGCUCGCCAGCUGACGGUGCAGAUGAUGCAGAAUCCACAGAUCCUGGCUGCGCUGCAGGAGAGGCUCGAUGGUCUGGUCGGCUCACCGUCAGGAUACAUGGAGAGUUUACCAAAGGUUGUAAAGAGACGUGUCAACGCCCUCAAGAACCUUCAGGUCAAAUGCGCCCACAUCGAGGCCAAGUUCUACGAGGAAGUCCACGAACUGGAGAGAAAGUACGCCGCCCUCUACCAGCCUCUCUUCGACAAAAGAAGCGACAUAGUGAAAGCAGCCUACGAGCCCACAGACGAGGAAUGUGAAUGGAAGGCAGAUGAGGAGGAAGAGUUGACAGUAAGUAAGCAGGAGGAGAUGAAGGAGAAGGCCAAGGUGGAGGAGGAGAAGAAGGACGAGGAGAAGGAGGACCCCAAAGGGAUCCCCGAGUUCUGGUUAACGGUUUUCAAGAACGUCGACCUGCUCAGCGACAUGCUGCAGGAACACGAUGAACCCAUCCUGAAACAUUUACAAGAUAUCAAAGUGAAGUUCUCAGAUCCCGGACAGCCCAUGAGCUUCUCGUUAGAAUUCCACUUCGAGCCCAACGACUUCUUCACAAACACAGUGCUGACGAAAACCUACAAGAUGAGGUCGGAGCCGGACGAGGGCGACCCCUUCUCCUUUGACGGGCCAGAGAUCAUGGGCUGCACAGGCUGCACGAUUGACUGGACGAAGGGCAAGAACGUCACGUUGAAAACAAUCAAGAAGAAACAGAAGCACAAGGGCCGCGGCACAGUCAGGACAGUCACCAAAACAGUCCCCAACGACUCCUUCUUCAACUUCUUCACCCCACCAGAGGUUCCAGAAAGUGGAGAGCUGGAUGAGGACUCGGAGGCCAUCCUGGCUGCCGACUUCGAGAUCGGCCACUUCAUCCGCGAGCGCAUCGUUCCCCGGGCCGUGCUGUACUUCACGGGCGAGGCCAUCGAGGACGAUGAUGACGAUUACGAUGAGGAGGGAGAGGAGGCCGACGACGAGGAAGGUGAGGAGGAGGCUGACGAGGAGAACGACCCCGACUACGAUCCCAAGGUUUAAGUGGUGUCAGUAGAAAAAUAACCCUAUCCUGAAGGAUGCAAACCCCCCAGCUGAGUGCAAGCAGCAGUGAAGCCUGCCCUGGCUGCCUUGAGGAUCAACUGCACUGUAACAGCUUCUCAAAUUAAAAAAGAAAAAAAAAAAAAAAGAAGAAAAAAAAACAAUAGUUACUUACCGCCUUAUAAUGUUUUGUAUUUUUCUUGGUAGAAAUAAUUUGAAGAAAAAAAAAGGGUUUCAAGAUUUUUGUUACAAAAACUCAUGGUAAUAUACUGGGAGCUGUUGCUCAAUAUACAUAGUAUUUUACUAGACCUGUUUUUCCCUCUCUUCCUCCUUCUCUGUACAAUAGUUAGAAUGCAGAAAAAAAAAUCUCCCUCGAAAAGCAUGAACUUGUUUCUUCACUGCUAAACUAGUUUGGGUUCUUGUGAAGUCUUUUGUUGUAUUUGCUCUUAGACAACAGCUGUGGUUUAGACUGCAUCGCGGCGACGUCGAUUUAUUAACCCUCCCUCCUCCCCCAAGUUUUCCUCCUCCUCCUUCCUGCUACCAAAGCUCCAGGUCGGUCAGUUCUGGUUGUCCGAGGUGGAUUUUUUUCUUUUUCUUUUUCUUUUUUUUUUUUUUCUUUUUUAAAUUAGCAGGGCCUCUAGCACUUGUCAAAGCAGUGAAGGGUUUCCGGGUCAGGGAAGGGAACUGCAGUCUGCUGCAGCCGGGAGGCCGUUCCAGCUAAUCUGAUUUUGCCGGAGUCGGUUUAGAGUCGGCCGCCGCUUUCUGCGCCAACCGUACCGAGCUACUUUUCCACUCUUGAUACAUUCCAGUAAGCAGACUGGCUGGCAGGCUCCCCGAAGCGGACGUUGCCUCUCCUCGGCAGGACGGGCCUGCGUUUAACUAACAGAACCAUGUGUUGGCGCUGCUAAAUCGAACAGGAAUGACGUCUGCUUCCGUUUCCUCCUCGCCUUUUCAGACCUCGUGCCGAGGAAGCUGCCGAAGCUCGUCGCAGCCCGGUCAAGACUCUCUUUAACAUUCCAGAGAAUUCCUAAAGGUGAAAUUGGUGGGGCGAUUCUGGUUCCGCGGGACGGGCGGCGUGGGGGCGCGCCAAGCCCGCCGUGACCUGUGCUUCAGGCUCCUCGUAGACUUCGCAGUGGCGUGACUGUCGUCUUUUUCUAUAGCACUUUGUACGACUGUGUGGUGUACCAGUGGCGUCCUCUGUCCGCGUUUUCCUCGUGAAGCAGCACUUUGUUCGACGGCUGUUAGCGAACGUGCCACACCUCAGAGGGGUGCCGCAACCUCGCGAUGUGCACGGUUCAAUUUCUGCUAUCUGAUUUAAGUGCAUUAGUGGGGAUUUUUAUUAUUUUAUUUUUUACUUUAACCGUGGGAGUCUCUCUUGACCUGUUCGUAGAAGUCCCGGUGUCGGAACAGGCUCAAGUGGAUGUAGCACAGGGGAAGAAAAGGUGGAAAAAAAAAAAAAAAGAAACAAGUCCAAACCAAGUGUUGAGGUGCGCUGACUUGAGGUUUGGGUCCACUGCACCAAAAAGUCGUGUUUUUCUCAGUAAUUUAAAGUAAAUUGAUGAGUCGUGUUGCUGGUUUGUGACGGACGUUUGGUGGCACACACACACACGACUCAGUCUGACCUCUGAGGUCACGGUUCAUAUUUUAUCACUGUGAAGGAAAGACGGCAAGAGUGAUAAGACUGUCUUCUGUGGCCAAUGACGACCUCCUCCCCCCCUCCGUGUUUGUUCCCUCAAACCCCCCGCCCUCCUUGUUACCCAGAAGGCCACAGUGAAGCACGUCAGAGCAAUACUUAAAAAGCCAGGGGACACUGAGAAGAAAAAAGUAGCUUACCUCCCUCUAACUCUAUUCCUAUGCUGUUUUUUCUUUUUUCUUUUUUUUUUUUUUUUUUUUAGUUUAACAGCCACAUGUUGGCUGUGUCGGGCAGCAUGUCCAGUGGCAGCCCCUCACUGCUGCCCCUAGUGGAGAGCCAGGGUACUUCUCGGUCUGCUGGGAGGUGGGACUAUUCAAUUAUGUUCAUUGGAAAGGACGUGACUGGGUUUCUGUAGGGUCCUUUUUGAGCAGCUGUUGUCAAGGCAAAAUGCUAUGCUACAAAAUACUAAUGUACUCCAAUAACUGUACGUGUAUGUUUAUUCAUGAAUAAAUUGGUUAAACGUG